CGUCUCUUCCCGCCGGCCGGGCGGGCGCCUGGCCCAGGACGCGGUGGCGCGGGGCGGGGGGUGGGGGUGGUUAUGUAAGCGUUGCGCGCUCCCGCGAGGCGCCAGCCAAUGAGAGGCCCCGGCUGCUCGUGCUCGCGCACGCAGGGUUGGGGGAGGGAGCGCACGACGUGCGCGCACCCUCUCCCCUCGUCCACCGCUGCCGCCUCCUUCUUCUGCCGCUCCUGGCGCUGCUUGUGUGCUCGUUUGGUGCGGACCUGGUACCUCUUUUGUGAAGCGGCAGCUGAGGAGACUCCGGCGCUCGCCAUGGCCGACGAAAAGCCCAAGGAAGGAGUCAAGACUGAGAACAACGAUCAUAUUAAUUUGAAGGUGGCGGGGCAGGAUGGUUCUGUGGUGCAGUUUAAGAUUAAGAGGCAUACACCACUUAGUAAACUAAUGAAAGCCUAUUGUGAACGACAGGGAUUGUCAAUGAGGCAGAUCAGAUUCCGAUUCGACGGGCAACCAAUCAAUGAAACAGACACACCUGCACAGUUGGAAAUGGAGGAUGAAGAUACAAUUGAUGUGUUCCAACAGCAGACGGGAGGUGUCUACUGAAAAGGGAACCUGCUUCUUUACUCCAGAACUCUGUUCUUUAAAGACCAAGAUUACAUUCUCAAUUAGAAAACUGCAAUUUGGUUCCACCACAUCCUGACUACUACCGUAUAGUUUUCUCUAUUCUUUCAUUUCCCCCUUCCCCAUUCCUUUAUUGUACAUAAAGUAACUGGUAUAUGUGCACAAGCAUAUUGCAUUUUUUUUUUUUAACUAAACAGCCAAUGGUAUGUUUUGAUUGACAUCAAGUGGAGACGGGAUGGGGAAAAAUACUGAUUCUGUGAAAAUACCCCCUUUCUCCAUUAGUGGCAUGCUCAUUCAGCUCUUAUCUUUAUAUUCCAGUAAGUUAUUUUGCUCUCACUGUUUUAACAAAAAAAAAAAACACAACAACAUAAAAAUCCUUGCAUACCUUGUUCAAUUGGAGAAUUUUAAUGUUUUUCAUUUAUCAUUGUAAAACCAAGGACAAUUUUAUAACUUUUUUGUACGUAGCUGUUACAUGUAGGGCAAUCUGUCUUUAAGUAGGGAUAAAUUACUCUAAAACAAAAAAGAAUCCUAGAUAGUUUUCCCUUCAAGUCAAGCGUCUUGUUGUUUAAAUAAACUUCUUGUUUAAAAUGA